GCUGCUCGUAUAUUGUAGCCUGUGAGCGGGGCCGUCUGUGGUCAAGAGGAUAGUCACAGCUACAAGGAAUUGUGGGUGAUUUGGGAUGGUCAGAUACACACAAUAUGAAUACAGUGUGAACAAUGAUUGACAAUACCUAGCACGUCAUCUGGGUCCCUGCAGCAGGCGCUGAGAGACACAGAGCCAGGAAAUAAAAGUUGAUACGGCAUGCAGGCAGGGGACCUAAGCUGGCUAAGGGAGCUUAUAUCUGACCAGAACUAGACUGAAAACAGAUUCUACUCUAGGAUCAUCUGAACGUGAAUCUCAUCAAGUGAAAAGUGUAAAGUAUAUCAACAGUGACAUUUGAAGAUGGACAGGAGCCAGGUGGCUACAAAAAUCGUAAAUCUCACCUUGGAGAUCAUCUACUUGCUGACGGGAGAGGAUUAUGGACAUUUGAAGGAGUUUGGCCCCGACAUUAAACCUAGGGCCCAACCCUGUACAUCCGGAUUCAGAGACCCCAACAUGACACCAUUGUUUCAUAACGGGCAGAAGCAAAUAAUUCUAAAACUCACCAACAAGAUCAUUGAGCUGCUGACUGGAGAGGUUCCUGUACGUUGUGAAGAUGUCACUGUCCAUUUUUCCAUGGAGGAGUGGGAGUAUUUAGAAGGACACAAGGAUCUGUACAAGGAGGUCAUGUUGGAGACAGAUGAGCCCCUUACGCCUCUGGCAGGAUUAACUGACUCCUUAAAAAGACCUGGAAAAGGAAACAGUCCGUCAUCAGAAAUGAGAAUAUGUACGAAUCCUACACAGCACAAUCCAGUUAUCAGUAUUAAGGAAGAACCUCUGGAAGAAAUGCUAACAAUCACUAACUGCUAUACGUCCUCAGAAAGUACACACGAUCCAGCUACACCUAUGAAUAAGGACUCUUUACAAGGAGGAAAUCUUUUCGACACUCCCACUUAUCCACUUAAAAGUCUUGAACAACAUGUAGCACAUUUUACGAACCUGCCUGAUUUCUGGAUCAAACAAGAAACCAUAAACUCUCCCAUCAGUCCUGAACAGACAACCAAUAGUCCUUACAUAAAAAAGGAAUCUGUCACUUGGAAUACAGGAAAUCUCACCGCCUCAGACACUUUUAACCCAACAAGUCCUACACAAGAGUACUUAUCUCCCCAAAUUAAGGAAGUUGUGGUCUCAUAUGGAGACAUUAGUGCAAAAGUAACAUCCACAGAUGUUUGUUCUACACAUCCUUCUAACUUCAGCCAGGAACAUCAAGUUGAGGAGCAGUCAUUUUUGUGCACAACAUGUGGGAAAUCUUUUAGAUGUUUUCAAGAACUCCUUUCACAUCAGGGAAGCCACACAGGAGAAAAGCCCUAUAUGUGUUUUGUCUGUGGAAAGUCAUUCUCUCUAAAACGAAAUCUCUUAAACCACAAAAGGUACCACAAUGAAGACAGACCAUUUUGUUGCUUGCAGUGCGGGAAGAGUUUUCUAAGCAAUUCCCAUCUCAUUGAACAUCAGAGAAUUCAUACGGGAGAAAAGCCGUUUCCUUGUGCCGAAUGUGGAAAGUGUUUUAUCACGAAGUCAGAUCUGAUCAGGCAUCAGAAAACUCACUCAGGAGAGAGACCAUAUCCAUGCUUGCAAUGUACAAAGUCUUUUAAGCAGAAUUCAGAUCUUGUACGGCAUCAGAGAAUUCACACUGGGGAAAAGCCAUUUUCGUGUUUAGAAUGCGGCAAAGCCUUCGCCCUCAAAUCAAACCUUUUAGUUCAUAAUAGGAUCCACACAGGAGAGAAACCAUAUUCCUGUUCAGAGUGCGGGAAGCGCUUUAUUAGCAAGUCCCAUCACCUUAUACAUCAGAAAAAUCACAGAGAAAACAAAUCUGAAGGAGGGGCAAACAACAGUGUUGUUAUACAUCAAAAUAUUUAUACAGAAGAUCGUGUUUCCUUUUACUGAAGGCAGUAUAUUCAGAUCAUGUUUGAAAUAAUUCAAAUAUAUUUUCUACUAGGGGACAUUCAACGUAUUGGUUAUGAACUACCACGGUGUAUUACACUCUGGACCUAACUUUUAUCAGUUCACCAAAUGUUUAUAAAAUAUUGUAGCAAAAAAAUAAGUAAUGGAAUUAUAUUAUUUGGUCACAACUAUGUAACACUGUUGUGUAUUCAAGAGGCCCUGUGUGUCACAUAUGGGCAGGGAACAGUGAAGCACUAACUCACCCACAGCCACUGUCCCUACCUAUUGCCUAUCCGCCCUAUGUGACAGAUCUAUAACCACAAUGACAAACCCUCACUGCUAAGUGCUGGGGCAGCAUUAUCAAAAUAAUAAAACAGACUGAGUCAGGGAACAGCUGGAGGUACACAAACUAACAGAGAUACACUAAGACACACACAGUGAAAUUGUAGUCAAACUAGCUGAGGUCGGUACUAGGAAAUAGCGGAUUACAGGAACGCAGAGCAAGAGAAGAGUCAAGGGGAAAAGCCAAAAAUCAAUAAACAAGCAGGUAUCCAGUAAGCAGGAGGUUUCAGUUAAGGUAUAACUUUUCACGGACGCUGGACUGAUCACUGCUCCUAGUUUAUAUAGGAAUGUGAUCAGGAAUACACCAUCCUGAUAGGUAGCAGAGCUGAGAACCACACCCAGAUGACACAGGUGAACUACAAGCAGCUCCAGCCCAUUAGAGCCAGACGUUACACUAUGGUUAGUAUGUCCCCGAUUCCUGAUCCUAAUAUUUUCCUAAAGCAAAAUGGUCAUCCUGUUCACCCACACUAAACUCAAAACACUGGGUUAUAGUGUGGGUGAACAGGAGUCUGGAAGUGGGCCCCGUCAGCUGUAUUUGCUUAUUUAUCAGCGCUGUUCUCCACAUCCUAGUGCUGUUCACGUGAGUGCUCAGUUGACGCAUGCGCAAAUACAGACGACAGAGCCAGCCUCCUUGCCUUCUAAGAGCCAUAGCUCUAUACAUUUUCAUCUACAGAGACAUAUAAAAGCUUGUUUUUUGCAGGACCAAUUGACAAAGGGGUAAGAUUUCUUGAGAACACCAUAACAGUGUGCAGAGAUUUAUAGGCCAUUAGCACUCCACUGGGAAUUUAGGGAAGAAAAGGGUAUGCAAAGCAGCUCAAUCACACCACCUUUCCAGGUAGCUUUUCCUUAAUGGGGUACUCCACUGCUAGACACCUUAUCCCCUAUCAAAAGCAUAGGGAAUAAGAUGCCCCAGCAGCGGGACCCCCACAAUCUCCCGCAGCACCUGGCAUUUUAAACAAAGCCGGGUUCCCUGAGGCAGUGGUCAGACAUCACAGCCAUGCCCCCUUGUGACAUCACAGCCAUGCCCCCUUGUGACAUCACAGCCAUGCCCCCUUGUGACAUCACACCAUGCCCCCUCCAUUCAUGUCUAUGGGAGGGGGGGUGUCUGCCAACAUGUCCUCUCCCAUAGACAUGAAUGGAGGGGGCGUGGCCAAGAUGUCACAAUCUCUGCCUCCGGCUCCGAGCGUUCUGAACAUUUUUCUGUUGGAGUACCCCUUUUAAGUCCUUACUUAAAGACAGACAAUUGUACUUUGUAAUGUCUUCUUUAAUUUUUCCAUAAAAUGUAUGGCUAAUCUGAAAAAAAAAUAUUAUUUGUGGGGUGAAAAUGAAUUUUGCAACCUUUUGGGGCUUUCAUUUUUAUGCAGUGCAACAUCUUUAUUCUGUGUAUCAAUACGAUUAAGACACUUAACUUAUAUAGCCUUUGUUUUAUUAUACUAUUUAUAGCUUUUGUUUUAUUCUACUAUUUAAAAAAAAAAAAAAAAAGUAAAACUUUUUUUUUUUUCCCACAAAAUAAACAUUCUUAAAAUUGCCCUAUUCUGACCUCU